AUGGAGAAUAACACGAGUAGGAGUUUGUUGGAGAAAGAAAACAAUGACGCACAAGGGAACUUCGCCUAUCUGCUUGCACGCAUCAUUAGCUCCGAGGAGCGUGAGGCACUCCGUGAAAAACACAUCGGGGUCAUCUGCUGCCCCUUGUGUCACCGGGGCCAGGAGCGUCGAUCAAGCACGUCGUCGGAGGCGAGCGACAAGUUGUUUAUGGACAAACCUCAUGCCGCUUUUGACGUCAACUUGGAGAGCAUCGGGGUGGAGAGAGGAGCUCAACCCCGCACGGACAUUUUAUGGACGCUGGUAAAGAAGACGGAACAUCUGGAGGAGCAGUUGGCCCGUGAGACACAGAGACACGCCACGUUUCAACAGAGCUUGGACCGGCUUCAACAACAGCUUAAGGAGCUGAAGGAGGAGCCUCAUUCUCAACACCAACGCUUUGAUGCAGUCGACAAUACAAUACUUGAGAUUAAUCUGGAUGCUUUGGUUCGCCACAUCCGCCCCUUUGUUGAUUUGCUUGUGUCGGAGUGGAGCGAGAAUAUCCUCUCCAAGGUAAAUACCAUGCUGGGGGAUUCGCGAAGGGUGAAAGAUGGAGAAAUUGUACUCAAACCGCCCUUCCAAGCUUCUCCAUUGAGUUUGCUUAAUCCGCAGCGAGCGGCGUCACUCUUUGACGGCCAAAGCCACCAUAACAAUGGCAAUAACGACCACGGUGAAAAUGAUGGUAAUUCUAAUGAUGAUGCCAUCACGGCAACCGUUCCACCGAAGCGUUGCUGCACCGCAUUUAGGAAUUUUUCCCCCUUUUUGAACCACGCUGACAAACUUGUCUUGCCGAGAAAAAAUAAUGUCAUUGCCAACACUUCGCCUGAUACCCAGUUACUCCCAUCGGUACGCCACAGUAGCAUACCCUCGAUGCACUCCGAGGGCAUUCUUUUGAAGCGAUCUGGCAACGCGCUACGCUCCGGCGUGGUAGGUGGUAGGGGGAAUGUCUUUAACUCACCAGUGGGGGGAAGUAAUGUGAGUUUCUUGGGCGUGCAGGACUUUCCGGGCUGUAGUUCCUUUCGGAAAAAUUGUACGUUUCAGCGUUUGGCUCAUUUGGACUGCCUGUCACCUAUUAAGUCUGGAAAUGUUGAUGAUACCAAAACAGAGGGAUGCUAUUGCCCAUCCGUAAAAGUUCCAUCCCAUUUUCUCUUACGUGAGAUCGGGGAAAAUUUCAAUGACCCAAUCAACCAGCCGUGCGCUGAGAGUGAAAACCUUGUCGGGGCGGGUGGUGCUACAGACGAUCAGCAAACCAACUUACAUGGGGGUGCAACUGACAGGAAGCGUUGGCUGCCCCCUCCGCUUGAAAAGGAUGAACUUAUAUUUACGCAGAAUGAAAUGUUGAGACAGCAGCUGCAAUAG